ACGAAAAGUAACAACCUUGAGAUGUUGGACCAUCAUUCUUAACAAAUGAGAUCCAGCUUUGCAAAUACUACACGGGUCAUCGGAAUGUCGUUAGAUGCACUGCUUCACCGAAAAGAGACACCAUGGUUGCGACAAUUCCUGCAGAGUCCGAUCCCAAGUCUAGCGCGGACACUGUAUACACAGCGCCAAAAGCUCGCGCGUGAUCACCAGCUGGAUCCCACAAAAUACAUCGGUAUAACAGUGGUAUGCAUAUCAGACACACACAACUUGCGACCUGAGAUACCGGAGGGCGACGUACUGAUCCACGCUGGAGAUUUGACCCAAAAUGGGACUGCGCCAGAGUUGCAAUCCCAGCUGGACUGGCUUAACGCUCAACCACAUCCUCAUAAAGUUGUGAUUGCUGGAAAUCACGAUAUUGUUCUUGAUCAACAAAAGUCUUCUGAGCAUGGUUUCUCCGAUCAUGAUCGAGCGAGCUUGCAGUGGGGUUCGAUCACAUAUCUAGAGCGGAGCGCUUUCAGCAUAAGACCCAAGGGUGGGAAGCGUGCUGUAUCCAUACAUGGUGAUCCACGUACUCAACGGCAUGGGAACUGGGCUUUUCAAUACGAGAAAGGCAGCGAUGUGUUUUCAAAUCAGCUCGGUACAGACAUCGACAUCUUGAUUACGCACGCUGCUCCUCACUACCACCUUGAUGUUGCAGGGUGGGGCGAUGUGAACCUCCUCCGCGAGCUUUGGCGCGUGAAACCAAAAUUGCAUGUCUUUGGGCAUAUUCACCAAGGUCGUGGCAGUGAAAUUCUCGUGUACGAUCAGUUCGAGCUGCUUUAUGAGCAGAUUCGUGCGGAAAGAACUGGGCUGCUUGGUCUCUUCUACAUGGCUUUCCUUCUACUGAGGAUUUUCUUCAUGCAGGAUCGAACCUCAGAGCGCACCAUCUUGAUUAACGCUUCUUGCGUCGGAGGACAGCGAGAUCAGCUCUGUCGUAACGCGCAUGUGGUACAUAUAUAACGUCGCUGUCAGCGAGCCGAUUCCAUCCCGUGGAUCUUUAAUGACGAGGCAUCAUUAUAUAGUCUGCAACACGACUGUGCAAAGUACUUCACUCUGCGAGCCACCUCCGGAAGCGAUGAGAAUCCAGUGCAACAGGCGACAAUCAGUGCCGUCCCUCAACCUUUUGUAUACAAGGAAUGUUCUCGCUCAAUUUGCUAACUUGGUGGAUUGCAUAUGAAUGGCGGAGGUGAUUGAUGAUGUGAUUAUCCGCAUUCGCUCCAAGGAGUACGGCAUGGCCGUCAAGUCUCUUAUUCGUAUUUGCGCAUGCCUUACUGUGAUAUCGAACACUGCGUGCGUGAGCAAAUAAUCAUGGUACAAAACAUAUGAUGAGGCGAACAGGUCGUCGAGCUCGAAGUUGGCCUGGGCUGUGCAGCUGAUAACAAA